GAAGACCAGAUAAGGGAGAUAAUAAAUAUUCAGUCCAUAUACAACACAAAAUUUGUAGAAUAUAUCUAAAAUGUGCCUUUGAAAUGGACUAUUUGACUGUUACUCUGAACCCUGCUGAUGGUGUGGGGUCUUUUGUUGUGAUUGAAAGCAUAGGGUCUUUGCUAUACUUUGGGGCAGGCUCCCUGUCUUCUGUGGCUUUGAGCCUGGAGGCUUCCAGCCAAGCUCAAAGUCAGGAAAAGGGGGUGUGGGCUUUUGGGCUGUGCCGCUGGCAGCCAGAAUGUGGUUGGCUGUCUCCUCCCCUUCCGCACUGGUGCUCUACACACUGCACUCUGGAAUGACAGGCAUUCCUGUGUGAAGAGAGCCGGCGUGAAGACGUUUGUGAGAGCCACAAGUACCCGGUGUCCAGCAAAACAGAAACUCCAGAUCGCACACUGUUUCCUGGCAUUUGGUGGUGAUACGGGAUUGCUGGUCCCUUACGUGGAUUUGUCUUUUAAGAGAAGUUUGCUUUUGUCAGGAAGAGUUUGUUGUCGUGGGAUACAUCUAAGACAAUUAUAAUCAUGGGCCAAGCUGAUGUCUCCAGACCGGUAAAUCCAGAUGCAGUUGAAGAAGCAGAGCAGCCCUCUGGAGACCCAGGCAUGGGCAUGGACAGUGUGGAAGCAGGGGACACAACACCUCCCACCAAAAGGAAAAGCAAGUUCUCAGCGUUAGGCAAGAUCUUCAAGCCGUGGAAAUGGAGGAAAAAAAAAAGCAGUGAUAAGUUCAAAGAGACAUCAGAAGUUUUAGAGCGAAAAAUAUCUAUGCGAAAACCAAGAGAAGAACUGGUUAAACGAGGGGUUCUGUUGGAGGACCCCGAGCAGGAUGGUGAGGAUUCAGGAAAGCUGAGCCAUGCUGCAUUAAAGAACGGACACACCACCCCCAUAGGCAGUGCCAGGUCCUCUAGCCCAGUCCUGGUAGAAGAAGAGCCAGAGAGAAGUCUCAGGAACCUCACUCCAGAAGAGGAGUCAAAGAAGAGACUUGGCUCAACUGGAAGCCAGCCUAACUCUGAAGCCGAGCCUGGUCCUGAGCAUGCACCUAAGCAGCCUCUGCUGCCCCCCAAGAGACCCUUGUCCUCUUCUUGUGAAGCAAAGGAGGUUCCGGCUGGCAGUACAGCAAGGUCCGUCUCCUCCACCUCUGGCUCUACCACCGUGACAUCUGCUGCCACCACUGCUGCCACAGACAUGACAAAGACUGUUAAGUCCUUUGUGGGCCCCACCCCCGCUCCUGCCCCCGCCCCCAGGACUCUGCCUGCUGCUCCUGCCAGUGCUAACACUGCUGCCACCACUACAGCCCCUGCCAAGCAACCCCCCAUCCCACCCCCUAAACCAGCUCAGAGAAACAGCAACCCCAUCAUUGCUGAACUAUCCCAAGCAAUGAACAGUGGCACAGUGCUGUCGAAACCAUCCCCACCCUUGCCACCCAAGAGAGGCAUUCCAUCAACUUCGAUACCCAGCUUGGAGCCUGCUGCUUCGUUCACAACUAAGACAGCAAAUGAUCAAAGAGAAAAAACUGUCUCUUUGUGUUUGGAACCACCACUGAUAAUCCCGCCUUCGUCCCCAUCACCCCCACUGCCUACCCACAUACCUCCCGAGCCUCCACGGUCCCCUCUAGUGCCUGCUAAGACUUUUCAAAUUGUGCCAGAGGUUGAGUUUUCCUCUUCUUCAGAUCUAUUCCAGGACAUUUCCCAGCAGGAGGAUCAGAAAACAGAAGUCCCCAAGAAGAUACAGGAUCAGAGCUUUGGGGAGUCCCAUAUACCCUCCAGGCUGCCCCCACUCCCACUGCAUAUCCGAAUUCAGCAGGCCCUUACCAGCCCCCUUCCUGUGACCCCUCCCUUGGAAGGCACUCACAGAGCCCAUUCACUGCUUUUUGAGAACAGUGACAGCUUCUCCGAGGACACUGGUACCCUGGGUCGUACCAGGUCACUUCCCAUCACGAUUGAGAUGUUGAAAGUUCCAGAUGAUGAAGAGGAAGAGCAGACCUGCCCGUUUGUUGAAGACGUGACGUCUACCUCAGCCACUCCUAGCCUACCACUGUGUCUGCGAGAGGAAGAGAAGGAGAGUGACUCAGAUUCAGAGGGUCCCAUUAAGUACCGAGAUGAAGAAGAAGAUGAUGAUGAUGAUGAAAGCCAUCAGAGUGCCCUGGCCAACAGAGUGAAGAGGAAGGACACGCUGGCAAUGAAGCUGAGCAGCAGACCCAGUGAACCAGAGACCAACCUGAAUUCUUGGCCUCGUAAAAGCAAGGAGGAGUGGAAUGAAAUACGGCACCAGAUCGGGAACACGCUGAUCCGGCGGCUGAGUCAGAGACCAACAGCAGAAGAAUUGGAGCAGCGGAACAUACUACAGCCUAAAAAUGAAGCUGAUCGGCAAGCAGAGAAACGGGAAAUCAAGCGUCGCCUCACUAGAAAGCUCAGUCAAAGGCCAACUGUGGCUGAACUGCUUGCCAGGAAGAUUCUGCGGUUUAAUGAGUAUGUGGAAGUAACUGAUGCUCAUGACUAUGACCGGCGAGCAGACAAACCAUGGACCAAACUGACUCCUGCUGACAAGGCUGCCAUAAGGAAAGAAUUAAAUGAAUUUAAGAGCUCGGAGAUGGAGGUUCAUGUAGACAGCAAACACUUUACACGCUACCAUCGCCCAUGAAGCUGAAGCCUGAGAAAGGAGCUAAAGGACCACAGGAAAAGGAAAAGCAUGGCUGGUCUGCUUCUUGUCUCCAGGGCGAGCACAGCACUUCUCACACAGCCAGAGCUGCUCUGGGAUCUGGGCAGGGCAGGCAGCGCUUGUACGCGUGUCCUUGUGCUCCCCUUAGAGAAGAAUGAGACACCGAUGCUUUGAGCCUUUUAACAACACUGCAGUAGACUUGAGGGUGUCUCUCACCAGCCACAGAAGCACAGGGCCUCUUACAGGUUUUGAGUUUUUCUGGCUACGGCACACGCUGCCCUAAGACAACUUGGUGUGCUGAGGCCGUUUGUACCGUGAGCCUUACCUGUCUGUCCUGUCUGAGAGCCGCUCAGGGAGGCUCAUUCCAACCCUCAGGUUCUCUUACCAGGAAAAAAAACAUUCGGACACACCAGCCCUUCCAGCAAAGGCCCGCUUCCAGAAAAGUGCUUGGACUUCUCUGCAUAAGGUCUGACCAGAAGGAAGCCAGUGCAGGCUCCGGCCUGUUCCUCCCUCCAUUUGGCACUUGUCAUCCUAGGUCCUUUUUGUUUUGAGACAAGAUCUUAUCCUGUGGCUCAGGCUGGCCUCAAACUCACUGUGUAGCCCAGGCUGGCCUCAAACUUCUGUCUCAGCCUCCCAAGUGCUGAGAUUAUAAGCAUGAGCCUUCAUGCUCUCAUCCUGAUUUCAAAGUGAGCUUAAAGAAAUGGGGAAAAUCCAUUCAUUAUGUAGUCUGAGCUGUAAUCAGAAUCCAAAUGAUCAAAUGAGAAAGCCACGUGCAUUUUCUAUGUACAAACCAAGAAAAAGGCCUUACUGUUAAUGCCGGUUUGGCAGAGAACUGACUCACGGGGCAGACUUUAUUAUACGUUCCCUGUACCAAAUGAUACUAUAAAUCACUUUGGCCUGUGGGAGCACUGUGUGGGAGCACUGUGCGCUACAGGUGCCCAUGCUCACUCCUUGGUGCUGUUGGCCCUCCUUACUGCACAGCCCCUCUACUGAAUUAGCCCCUCCCCCUCCCGACAACGAACACCUCACUUGCCUUCCCAUUCCUGUUGCAGCCAGGCCUCCCCACUUGUAUUGGGGUGCAGAUUUGGUUAUGUUUUUCAAAGAACUUUUUUCCUGAAACCCACACAGCCUUACUGUUCCUGCCUGGAUUCUACUUACAUUGUAAGUGGAAGGGAAAUGUAACUGGGUUUGUCGCUUUUCUUUUUGUUUUAGUCUAUACCUCAGUAUGUAGCCCAGGCUAGCCUUUGACUUGAAGUCUUCCUUACUCAGCCUUCCCAGUCUGCGAUCAUCGAGGGCAACGGCCACACCCAGCUUCUACUCACCUUAACAGCUAGUGGAUUGUGGCUCUUAAAAAGGCUUUGCUUUCUUGUUUGUUUGUUUUUUGCUUUAUUCUAUUUCCUGUCUGUAUUCUUUCAGCAAUUUUCUCCUUGUCAGCAUCACACUUAUUAAAGAGUUAGAAUAUAGGGCAAACAAAAAAAGCUAAAGUGACCUUAAAACUAGUACUUUCUUCUCUAUGAAGGAAAAAGUGCUUUUGUUUGUUUUUUCUCUUCCUGCCAUGUAGUUUCUGUCUAUGGAACAAAGACUCCUUCCCACUCCGUCCCCAUCUCCUCAAACCUUGAUAUUGCUUGAGUAAAGGAAGAGAAAACAACAGUUCUGUCAAGUCUGUGAGUUGUCUAGAUACAAGGUUGCCAGAGCUGCUAACCUUUGCGAUUACAUCCUGACCAAGGCUCAGUUCUCACAAGCAAGGCCGGUGCUCCGCCCCUGCUCCGCCCCUGCUCCGCCCUGCUCCACCCUGCUCCGCCCCGUUUCUCCUUCUCUGUCCCAGGUUUAGAGAGUACUUUGCAUAUGCCUGUGCUGUCUGGGGUGUGGUAACCUUUUUUUUAGACAGGGUCUUAUGUAGCCUCACUAUGUAGCCAAGGAUCCCCUGCCUCCACCUCCCGAGUACAGGGCUCACAGAUGCACCCACCAUACCUGCCGGCCAGCAACGGCUUCUCUCAGCUGUUCUCCCUCACGUGCCAAUCCUGAGCUCCCGUCUGCUUGUGUGUGCCAUCAAGGGCUCUGACUCUGUUCAUCUCAUCUGUCUUCUGAAGCAGGAUAUGUUAGGGCUGCAUCUAGGCAGUGGUUUUGUUUUUAUGUAUAUAAAAGUUGAUUAUGUGUCUUCUUUCUGUAAGUGGAAGCUUACAGUCCUAAUGUAAAGGACUUAAAGCCUCGCUGUCGCAUGUUAAGAUGCUUCCCUACUGUACAGAAUCCUGUAAAAUACAUAAUUACGUUGUAUAUCAGCCUUCCUACCAAUCUUAAUUAUUAAAGUAUUUUAGAAUAUCAAAAAAAC